CUGGGGCAGAGCGGUUCGUGUUCGUAGUGAAGGUGUUUUGCGUGCGUGAUAUCUGAUCCAUUAGUCUUUAAUAUUUACUUUCGCUGCCCGUCCCACUUACAGAGCCGCGCCUGAAAUAAAGCAUAGGGCCGUGAAACUCAGGUGUUUGUUUUACUCAGUUCAGUUGUGGACUAGUUCGUUGCAAUGGCUGUGCGAUUUAUGGAUAUGCUAAAACUCACCUUUAAGGUGCUCAGCUUUAAGUACGAACAGCGUCGCCUGACCACAGCCAUCUACUCGGUGGUGAAGACGCAGCUGGGCUCAGUGCGCGGGGUGAAGCGGAACACGAUAUGGGGCGGCAGCUAUUACAGCUUCGAGAAAAUACCGUUUGCCAAGCCGCCGCUGGGCGAGCUGCGCUUCAAGGCGCCGGAGCCGGUGGAGCCGUGGGAGCGUGAGCUGGACUGCACCUCACCGGGCGAUAAGCCGCUGCAGACACAUCCGUUCUUUCGCAAGUUCGCUGGCUCUGAGGAUUGCCUGUACCUGAAUGUGUACGUCAAGGAUCUGCAGCCCAACAAGCUGCGUCCCGUGAUGGUCUGGAUAUAUGGGGGCGGCUAUCAGGUGGGCGAGGCGUCGCGGGACAUGUACAGCCCGGACUUCUUCAUGUCCAAGGACGUGGUGCUGGUGAGCAUAACUUAUCGGGUGGGUGCGCUGGGCUUCCUCAGCCUCGAAGAUCCGGCGCUCGAUGUGCCCGGCAAUGCCGGCCUCAAGGAUCAGCUGAUGGGCCUGCGCUGGGUGCACGACAACAUCGAAGCCUUCGGCGGCGAUCCCAACAAUGUGACGCUGUUCGGCGAGAGCGCGGGCGGCGCUUCCACACAUCUGCUUUCGCUCAGCCCCCUGACGGAGGGUCUUGUGCACAAGGCCAUCAUCAUGUCGGGGAGCGCGCUGUGUCCUUGGACGCAGCCUCCGAACAACCAGUGGACAUAUCGGCUGGCACAGAAGCUGGGCUAUACGGGCGAGCAGAAGGAUCGGGAAAUUUUCCAGUUCUUGCGCGCCGCCAAGGGCGGGGACAUUGUCAAGGCAACGGCCCAGGUGCUCAACAAGGAGGAGAAGCACCACCGCGUUCUGUUCGCCUUCGGACCAGUCGUGGAGCCCUACAAGACGAAGCACACGCUGAUCGCGCAGCCGCCCUACGAGCUGAUGCAGAAGACCUGGAGCCGGCGCAUUCCCAUGAUGUUUGGCGGCACCAGCUUCGAGGGGCUGCUCUUCUAUCCAGAGGUCAUGCGUCGUCCCGCCACCUUGGAUGAGGUCGGCGACUGCCAGAAUGUGCUGCCCAUUGAUCUGGGCGAGAAUCUGGACCCGAAGCUGCGCGAGAGCUAUGCGUUGCAGCUGAAGCGCGCCUACUUUGGCGAUGAGCCGUGCAACCAGGCCAACAUGAUGAAGUUCCUCGAACUGGAGUCCCAUCGCGAGUUCUGGCACCCCAUCUACCGGGCCGUGCUCUCCCGACUGCGUACGGGCAGCGCUCCCACCUACCUGUACCGCUUCGACCACGACUCCAAGCAUUGCAAUGGCAUACGCAUUGUGCUCUGCGGCAAUGAGAUGCGUGGCGUUUGCCAUGGCGACGAUCUCUGCUACAUCUUCCACAGCAUGCUGUCCAAUCAGGCAGCGGCGGGCUCACCCGAGCACAAAAUCAUCAGCGGCAUGAUAGACAUCUGGACGAGCUUUGCGGCAAAUGGGGAUCCCAACUGCGAGAGCAUCAAGCAGCUCAAAUUUGCGCCCCUGCAGGAUGAGACGAAGGUCGAGUGCCUGAACAUUGGGCAGGACUUCGAAGUCAAAAUGCUGCCCGAGCUGCCGAAAUUGCACCUCUGGGAUGGCUUCUAUGCUAGGAACAUCCUUUGAGCUCUCGUCUAGUUGUGGGUCGUAAUUGGUUUUAUAGCUUUAGCUAACAUGAAUUUAAGGUCUUGCUUUUAACGCAUGUAAAUAUCUUGUGUAUAUAUACGUAUAUGUAAUACAUCCUA